AUGUGUGGAUGCCCCGAUGCAACAGGGACGACACCAGUCAAGUCCAACUGUCUCUACAACCAAAUGAUCUUCUGGCUUGGAAUUUUGCAGUACCUGGGACGCCGCGCACAAUCUCUCAAGGAAAGACUGUCCAACGAGAUCAACCUGGGCUUAAACCUCGUGGUGCAGCCGGAUAGCCGGGAGACGGUGCUGAUUAGUAGACACACGGCCUCUACGAGCAGCGCAGCAAGAAGGGAUAGUGCCGAAACGAAGACGAUCGCUGCGGUCACCCUCGCUUUCCUACCCGCGACGUUUGUGUGCACCAUUUUCAGCAUGAGCUUCUUCACGUUCAACGUGGGUGAUGAGUCCGGACAGAAGCAUUGGUUGACAAGGACCCGAUUCUGGAUAUACUGGCUCAUCACCGUACCACCGACGAUCCUGACUUUGUCGAGCUGGAAACCCGGAGACCCGUAA